AUGUGGAUGGGCAAGAUAGGAAACAAGUCCGCCUCCUUCAUCAACCACAAGCACUUCCACCCGUCGAACCGGGCCAACUUGGAGAAGGUAUGGCUCGCGGAGGAGAAGCACAAGGCGGAGCUGAAGCGCCAGCAGGAGAUGCGGGAGAAGCUGGCGGAGGAGAUCCGCAUGACGCAGAUGAAGCGCCAGCUGCGGGAACAGGAGGAACAGCGCUACAAGGAGUACCUGCUGGAGCAGAGGCCGCCCAGCAAGUACCAGGUGCCCGCGUCCGGGUCGAAGCUAGAUGGCAGCGAAGCCGGGCUGAUCAUCACCAAGCCCGUAACUGAGGUCCAGCCGAGGAACCGCGACGCCGCCAACCACAAGCUGGUGAUCCGGUCAAGCUACCGUGAGGACGUGCACGAGUGCGGCCAUUCGAGCGUCUACGGCAGCCUGUACGACCGUGAAACUGGUCAAUGGGGUUACCGCUGCUGCGGGUCGCUCAAGCGCGGGGAGGCAUGCCCCUUGAAGCGCCGCCCCGGCUCGCGUAAGGGCGCACCGAGCGACCCAAAAGACGCUGCACAUGGGCACACGUCCGCUACGGACGAGAUCAACAAAGAUGGCAGCCAUGAAGGCGCCGCAGAAGAAUAUCGCAAAUCGCAUUCAGGGAAACGUGAGCUGGAGGACGAUAACGGUUCCCCAGCCGAGCGUUGUCACGCCAAAGCUGCCAAGCACAAGCGCCGAGGCGAGCUGAGCCUCGCUGAGGCUUUGGACCAGCUAAAAAAGAUGGAUGCACUGGACUAA